AUGGACCCUCUAGCAGGCACGAAUGCUGUAGCAGUAGCUUCAGUUCAUUUGCCACAGUCUGUCUUCUCUCAGUCUUCAGCCUGGCAAUCUGUUGAUAACUCCACUUGCAAGCUACAGUUUAUUGUCUUUCGGAAUGGAAAACUCUUUCCUAGCACAGGAAACUCAUCAAAUCUUGCAGAUGAUGGGAAACGUAGGACGGUUGCCACGCCAGCUGUUUUCGCUAAAAUAGAUGGGUGCAGUUUUGGAAACCUCACCAGCCCUCUUACUAUAGGGUUGAGGCACUUUGCACGGGGUAUAGACCCCAUUGCAGCCUUCUGGGAUUUUGACCUUCUAGAUGGACAUGGAGGCUGGUGGGGAGAAGGGUGCUACAUAAUUAGUUCUGCAGGCAAUAUUACCACCAUUCAGAGUACACACUUCAGUAACUUUGCAGUGCUAAUGGAUUUUAAGACAGUGCUGUCUUUCCCCCAGUACCCAGGGGAGUUUCUGCACCCUGUGGUAUAUGCAUGUACUGCAGUUAUGUUGUUGUGCCUGUUUGCUUCCAUUAUCACCUACAUUGUCCAUCACAGCACAAUCCGAAUAAGUAGAAAAGGAUGGCACAUGCUUCUCAACUUCUGUUUCCAUACUGCUCUUACAUUUGCUGUUUUUGCUGGUGGAAUCAAUCGCAUUAAAUAUCCAAUUAUAUGUCAAGCUGUUGGCAUAGUACUACAUUAUUCUACACUCUCUACUAUGCUAUGGAUUGGAGUAACUGCCAGGAAUAUUUAUAAACAAGUCACAAAAAAACCUCAGCCAUGCCAAAACAGUGACCAGCCUUCUUAUCCAAAGCAACCACUACUCAG